CGGUUAUUUAAAUGGAUGCAUAUUCGGAUUGGAUUUUAAACCGAUCGGAUAUACAAUCAUUAAAUCCGUAUUCGUUAGGAAUCAGAUAUCCUUAAUCAGAUACAGAUAAUAUUCAUUUAAAACAAAUAGAGAUAUAUAUUUCGUCAACGGAUAGUGAUAUAUUGAGAGUGGGAGUUGGGAAUAAAAAAAUGAGAAACACACCUGGUAGAAGGCAGACUGUGAACAAAGAGGUGAGAUGUUGGUUGACUUGCGCCGUUGUGGGAUCUGAGAAUGAAGAUCAAAGUGAAACCGCAGCUGAAUCCAAGAAAGCAAUGCGGUUGUCGCCGGCCCUAUCAAUAUUCCCUCUCGCAGUUCUUCUUCUCUCUUUCAUUCUCUUCAAUUUCUUCCCUCUUAAUCAUCCAUCCAGCUCUCGCCCCCCUGCGCCGAGACUGUUCGUCCCGGAGCAGCUAGCUCUUUACAAUGGCUCCGACCCGAACUUGCCCAUUCUUCUUUCCAUUAUUGGGUCUGUAUUUGAUGUGACCAAAGGAAAGAAUCACUAUUGUGUUGGGGGUAGUUACAAUCAUUUUGCAGGAAGGGACGCUUCUCGGGCAUUUGUUUCAGGAAACUUUACAGGAGAUGGACUUACUGACUCGUUGCGUAACUUAUCCAGCACUGAGGUUAAAAGCAUUGUUGAAUGGAGGGAUUUCUACUUCAAAACAUACACAUUUGUUGGAAAGCUAGUGGGCCGCUACUAUGACAGUGACGGGAACCCUACAAAGAAUUUAAAAGGAGCCGAAGCAAAGGCUGCUAGAGGCGCACAACUGCUUGAGAAACAAAAGAUUGAAGAAGAGAAGAUUCCUAGCUGCAAUUCCAAGUGGAGUCAAGAUGAGGGCUCUGAGGUUUGGUGUGACGAGGGUUACCCGAGAUUGGUUCAACGACCCAUAGAAAUAGCCAUAACGGGGAAAAUGAGCAAGCGUUGUGCAUGCUACAAGAAAGACGAACUCGACCACCACCAUGGCCUAGAAGUCUAUCAAGGAUGCGAUUACUUCGACCAAAAAUGCCGCUUGUAAUUUGUAAUGUCAUGUGUUCUUUAGAGUAUCUCACAUUGCUGAGUUAUCAUUCUCACUAUACAAGAGACAGACAUUUCUAAUUUAUUGAUGACUACAGAUUAGUUUAUUAGUGAAUUACUAUGAAUAAAUUUUCUUAUAUGGAGUAUGUGCUUGGCUACACAUCAUGUAUUUCUAUGUAGUCUUGAUGGUACAUUUCAGUUUUUAGUACAAUGUAU